GGUGUUUACUAUAAACCCAAAAAGGCCAAAAGGAAAAUAAAAAAUUAACAAGUGCAAAAAGAAAAUUACAUUUCCUUUUUAAUUUUUUUAAUUCUUUUUAAUCUUCACUGUGAAAUUACCAAAGAAAAUCAGACUCUCCUCUCCAUAAUCCCCACACAAAGUGUUCCUCUGUCCAUUCUGUCUCUUGAAAAACACCAAAAAAAUCCCUUCUUUUUUCAUAUUUCUUCUUCUUCUUUGGCCUCUGCAACAGCAAAUCUAAUUUGGGUACCUUUCAUUUCCCAUGUUCUUUCUAGGGUUUUGAGUUUUUCCCCCUUUCUGGGUCACUUAAAAUUCUUCUUCAAGUUCCAAUUUUCAUUAUCUGGGUAUUCUUAGAUCUCCCUUUUAAACUUUGGGUUUCUUUUAUUUUCCUCGAAGUUUCAAUGUCACAAGGCUUUUCAAUUGAGCUUUACUUUGAUCCAGCACUUGAAAACCAAGUCUUGAAAGCUUGGAAUGUUUUGGCUCGUCGCCAAAUCAGCACUCAGUUAAUUGAAAUUGAGUCAAGGCCUCACAUUACUCUCUUUUCAAGCCCCUAUCUUGAUCCUGCCAAGCUUGAAUUUGUUGUAAAGUCCUUUGCUUCAAAGCAAGAACCUUUGGCUCUAUCUUUUUCUUCAAUUGGGACUUUCCCAAAUGAAAAAAAUGUUCUUUUUCUUGCACCAGCUCCAACAAUGGCCCUCCUUCAGUUCCAGGCUCAGUUAUGUGAGGCAGUUAAAAAAGAAGGGAUUGAAAUUGGAGAAGAGUUUAAAGCUGACGCUUGGAUUCCUUAUUGUGCUGUAGCUCAGGAAGUGCCAAAAACAAGAAUGGCUGAGGCUUUUUGUGUGUUGAGAGAGUUGAAGAUGCCUGUUUCUGGAUACGCAAUGGAUAUUGGAUUGGUGGAGUUUUCACCUGUUCGCGAACAUUUCUCAUUUGGUCUUGGGAAUUCAGUAGAGGCAUGAGAUUUGGAGGGGUCAUUAUGACAGUAUGCUAUAUUGGAUGGGGAGGAGAUAUAUUGGAUUGGUUCAAACAUUUUAUCAAUCUGUCAUCUUGGCUUGAAUGUCUGGAAACAAUUAAUUGUAUAUAUAUUGAGUUCACCGUACAUUCUGAUUUAGAUUUUGGAAUUUAUAAAGAGCAGAUUGCCAAGUUUUCUGUCUGUGUGAUGGGUAUUCAUAUGGCACCGCUGCAGUGAAUUUCUUGUAUCUUAGUUUUUACUUUUGUAAGU